AUGACGAGUAUGGAAUUUGUCUUCGUCAACGUUCAGAAGCCAAGUGACGCCCUUCAGCUCGCCAAAGCACCCGAGGUCCGAUCUCACGUGACGCGUUAUCAAUGGAAGCAAUCUGCGCGUCGAGACAAGCGAACCCGAAGGAUCUUGCUAGGUGUUGCACAGGAUGUGAAUGGAGCUGGAUUUCAAAACGGCCUCCGGCUCGAUUCUUUUAAACCGGAACCACCGUCGAUAUUGCCUCAAAUAGGCGGACUCCGAGUUGACCCUUUCCAGUCAUAUCCUAUCUCGGGUCAACCGUGGACUCCGCUGCUGGUCGAUCACUACUUGAUACACAUGGCAGUUGAUAUUCCCGAGCUUGACCUACCUGGAAACCACGGCCUCUUGAGGACCACUUGGUUUCCAUUGGUGAUGACCGAGCCCGCUUUAUUCUCUGUCAUUCUUCUUCUUGCUGCAUCGCAUUAUGCCUCCCUACAGGUCGAUCCUAGCAGUAUGAAAAUCGAUCUCCUCGGUUUUCGUUAUACAGCUGUACUAUCCAUCAAUCGCAGUCUUGAUGCUCGGCAGCCCGAGAAUGUACAUGACGCUUUGAUAGGAGCCAUAGCAAAGAUGGCAAGCUAUGAGGCCAUGUUCGGCAGUCUCGAGAAUUAUAAUAUCCACAUGCAGGGUCUCGCACGACUCAUUAGUUUACGAGGGGGUCUUACUUCACUAGGCUUGAAUGGCUUGCUCCAGCGGAUGGUGCUUUGGAUCGACUGUAAUGCCGCUUUCUUACAUGGAUCGGCAAUGUAUUUCCUUAUGGAUACCUCUGUGCCGGGUGAAUCUCCGCCAUACCCGAAUCCUGGUCAAUUCCUCGGGAGCUCGUGA